AUGUCGCUGACAGCUGGUUUCCGUUCAGUCUUUGGCUUUCCAGGUUCACCAGAGCUUCCACGUACUGGCCACAACUUGGGCUUUCUGGACCAACGUCUGGCUCUGGACUGGGUUCAGAGGAACAUUGCAGCCUUCGGCGGGUCUCCGAAGAAAGUCACAAUCUUCGGCGAAAGCGCUGGUGCAUUCUCGGUAGACGCCUUGCUUACUUCGUUCCCGGCUGGAUCCAGCCCACCGUUCCGCGGCGCAAUUCUCGAGUCAGGCCAGUACAGCUAUCGUGGAUCUCCUUUGGCAAACUCUGUGCAAUCGUGGAACCAGCUGAGCGCCGCCUUGGGCUGUCCUGGAACCUACUCGUCGAACCUGACUUGCUUGCGAGCCGCUAACGCCACCGCGAUCCAGCAAGUCAUCGAUCAGCGGUCACUUGUCUCCUCACCGAUACCGGACAACGUUACACUGGUCUCCAAUCCCGCGCAGAUGAGGCUGAGCGGAAACAUUGCGAAGAUUCCAGUCAUGGGAGGCACCAACUCGCAGGAAGGACGUGUUUUCACGAUCGGGCAAAACAACACACUAGCUUACCUCCAAGCCACUUUCGCCAACAAUACGGCCCUCAUCUCUGCCAUCCAAGCACUCUACCCGCAAGGCCAAGGCGGGCUGAACACACCUUACGACGUGAUCGCGCAGAUCUUCACGGAGUGGAUCUUCCAGUGUGGUCAAGGCCAGUGGGCGAACGACUCCGCUUCCAUCGGCAUACCAACCUGGCGGUACUACUUCAACGCCACCUUUGCCAACACGCAGGCGUACCCGGGUUUGGGAGCGUAUCACUCGGAGGAGAUCGCACUCGUGUUCUCCACCUUCUCGCAAGCGAACGUCACGACACAGGAGAAUGCGCUUACGACCUCUAUGCGCGGUGCCUGGGCUCGCUUUGCGAAGAACCCAAUGGGUGGACCGGGUUGGAACGCUGUGGGAACUGGUGCCGUUGGGCCGGUGUUGAUUGGUGCCACGGGUGUCUCGAUUGACGGGCUCUAUACCGCACCGAAUGGGACGGUGCUAAGAGGUGCUUUUGAUCUGGGUUUGUUCGGUGAUAGGUACAACGCGCGGGGUGGGGGUGUCACGGUAAUCAAUCAGUAUGAGGUGGAUUAUCGCUGCCCACUGUGGUCGCAGGUCUAUGCUGCGGUGCAGGCGACCGAUAGGACUACUGCGGCUUUGGAGGCUGCUGCGGGUGCCUGA